CUGGAACUCGGCGUUAAACUGUUUGGCUGGCACGGGCUGGUUGGUCGGUCGGUUGGUUGAGGGGUAGCCAUGGUUCGACUUGCUGCGCUGCUGUUGUUACCGGUUCUUAUUGAAUCGGUAUUCUCAAUUUCUUUCUUUUUACCGGUCAACUCGAGAAAGUGUUUACGGGAGGAGAUCCACAAAGACGUCCUCGUCACGGGGGAGUAUGAAAUAAGCGAACAGGCGAACACCAAAACUAAUCUGAAGAUCACAGAUUCCUCCAGCCACACUCUUUACUCCAAGGAAGAUGCAAUCAAAGGAAAGUUUGCAUUCACCACAGAGGACUAUGACAUGUUUGAAGUGUGCUUUGAGAGCAAGUCACCCAUGGGGACUGGAAGAGUGCCUGACCAGCUGGUCAAUCUGGACAUGAAGCAUGGUGUGGAAGCCAAAAACUAUGAAGAGAUUGCCAAGGUGGAGAAGCUGAAGCCUCUCGAGGUGGAGCUGAGGCGACUGGAGGACCUGUCGGAGUCCAUCGUCAAUGACUUUGCUUACAUGAAGAAGAGAGAGGAGGAGAUGCGGGACACCAAUGAGUCCACCAACACGCGUGUGCUGUACUUCAGCAUAUUCUCCAUGUGUUGUCUCAUUGGCCUGGCUACAUGGCAGGUCUUCUACUUGCGGCGCUUCUUCAAGGCAAAGAAGCUGAUCGAGUAAAGCGGCUCGUGGCUCCUUACACCGCGGGAAGCUGCCUGCCAGUCAGUCAACACAUCCCAACAUCCACCCUCCUUGGACUAGCUUCAGCAAACAACAGCGAGUGGGGUUGAGGGGCUCAAAUUCUAGUUUCAAGGUCUGUAAAAGAAACCAAGGUUGUCCUCUGAAAAAAAUAAAUCACCUGCUUAUUUAGUGUUUUGAAACAUGAAAAGCGCUGUAGGGAGAAAUGCACUGUGAGACCAGGCAGGCGUAUGUCACUGCACUAGUGUGAUGCAUCCAUCUCAUGGUACUUCACUUUUCUGUCUGCACUGUUUUGAAUGUUGCAGUCUACUGAAUAAGAACUUGUUCCUUCAACCACCAGUUGAACAGUUGUGUUUGAUUUUGAGCUCAGUUGAAUGGAUGUGCCAUGAGUGAAUGUCUUUUGCCCUUCUGUUAAUAUUCACAUUCUUUGCCAUGCCAAGCAAACUACAUCCUUGCUGCCCUUUUAUCAAGUGAAGGCUAUUUGAAAAAGUGGUUUGUUACUUUGUUGAGAAAAUUAGCAACAACUGAACUUCUGUGUUAUGUCACCUAAUUUGCAUACUUGUUUGGUAGCUAAAUUUAACCGUGUCUUUAGUUUGUUUUCAUAUUGUAAAUGCUACUUAGUUGCUUCUACAGGUAUAUUUUGGGAGAGGGGGGGAUUUUGAGUUGUCAGCAAUAUUCUCAUUUAUGAAUUAGGUCACUUCUAUGAUCUCAUGCACGUUAUAGUUUUGUUUUUGAAACACCUGAUCAUUAAUUUGUCAUCGAUCAAAAGUAUAACACCUUGUCCUUAGGAUGAGGUUGCAGCAUUAUACUGUUUGCAUGGCUAUAAGUAAUUUAAUCACCUGACUUUUAUGAUUCAAAUCAUAUAUAGUUGUGCAAGUUUCUUUUGUCGGAUCAGAAAUAAAGCUUUUGACAGGAAAUGUGAAGAAGGCAAUCCAAACACUUUAUGAAAUUCCCUUUCAGUCGUGCGCCCCUUUUUAUUUACACACUUGUAUAUUUAAUUAUCUAGCAUUUUUUUAAAUAUCACAUCCUAAUUACAGUGGCGAUCCAUCCAGCGUGCUUCUUUUCUUUAGAAUACUUUUGAGGUUUGGGUUACAUGAGAAGGUGGGUGGUUGCAAAUAUUCAGAUUGUUUUAGAAAGGGAUUAAUCGAGGCAUCUGUCAUGGGAACAUUUUUAACAAUGAACAUGCGCAUUGUGCGCAAUCAAUGAUUUUUAUGUUGACUGAUACAUUUUGUAAAUUUGUGUUGGGCUUUUACUCAAUAAAAUAUUGGAUGGAUUUACAUUA